AGUAUUUGUAGUUGUUUGAUGAAGUAUACAGGUGCAUAUACUGUAUACGUGUGUUUACAAUACAUUUAGGUGAACAUAUAAAUCUGCAAUAUCUAGUUGGUAGCAAGGUUGCUAGUACACCACUCCAAUAUGUUAUUGUUAGAUGUAUACAUAUGUUAAUAAGUGAUAAAUUAAAAUGAUUGUUAGACUGGAGAAUUUAGUGAGUGUCUGUUUGGGGGGUUUGUCUGUGCUAGCUUCAUAUCUUUUCUUUACUGAAAGAACAGUUGUUAAAGAUUUAAAUCCUGAAAAUAAGGUGAAGGAUAAAAGGUUGACCCAUCUACGUCAGAUAUUCUUGACCGCAAACCUACUCGCUCUUCUAGCUGACUGGCUACAGGGCCCUUAUGUACACAGAUUAUAUUCCUAUUAUGGGCAUAGCGAGGAGAACAUUGCGCUUCUUUUUCUAACAGGAUAUGUGUCUAGUUGUGUCUUCGGUAGUUUAUCAGGACCGCUGGCGGAUAUAUUUGGAAGGAAACGGAUGGCCUUGGUUUUCUGUCUAGUAUAUGGAAUAUGCUGCCUUACAAAGAUUAGCGGAAAUCUACAAAUUCUUCUGAUUGGAAGAAUUUUUGGCGGAAUAUCAACCUCGUGUCUUCAUUCAGUUUUCGAAUCUUGGUAUGUGUCAGAGCAUAAAAAUAACUCAUUCGAUUCAGGAGAGAUUUCGAAUACCUUGUCUUUGCUUGCAUUGAUCAACAGUAAUCUUGCAAUUUUUGCAGGAAUACUCGCAGAUGUACUUGUCAGAGAUCUGGAAUUUGCUCCAACCGCUCCAUUUCUUCUAGCAAUUCCUAUUUUAACCCUUAGUUUUUUUGUGAUAGGAAUUUUCUGGAAAGAAAACUAUGGAGACAGAGACAUCAAUGUUUUACAAACCUAUAAACAGGGUUAUAAAACUAUCAUCAGUAACUCUAAUAUUCUUCGUAUUGGUGCAGUACAGGCUCUAGUUGAAUCCAGUAUGUUUACAUUUGUGUAUUUGUGGACACCAACGUUAUCUGCUGGUGGUACAGCAGCCCCACUAGGAAGAAUAUUUGCCAGCUUUAUGGUCUCUAUCAUGGUUGGAUCCUUUAUAUUCAGGCGUUUGAUAAAAAUGAUAUCUGCUGCACGUAUUCUAUCAAUAUCUACCCUUUCCUUCUUUCUAUCUAACCUUGGUGCUACAGUAUUUACAGAUCUACCCAACAUCUGCUUUAUUUGCUUCCUUGGGAUAGAACUCUCAUUAGGGAUAUACUUUCCUGCCAUUGGAACUCUUAGGAGUACUUUUAUACCAGGACAGCAGAGGUAGGACCUCUUAGGAGUACUUUUAUACCAGGACAGCAGAGGUAGGACCUCUUAG